UAUUUUGAAAGGACCAUGCUGCAUCUCGAGGACGAUAUAACGACGUGCCUUUUAUUUUGACGAAAUCCGAGCCAUUAUUGUAUGCCCUCUUUCGAGGGAGAAGAGUGAGAAACGUGAUCGUGCUGCGUAUACGGAAUAUACCGUGAAUGGGUUCACCCGGUCGUGUUUCCCGCGUGAAAAGAAUAUCCGCUGUUCCGGCGGAAGCCAACUUGGAAAGCGGCAUGGAGUCAGAUCCAGAUUUGAAAGCGUUUGAGAGAAGACUGACGGAGGUGAUAUCGUGUGCUAAGCCGACUGCGAUUAGAUGGCGAAUUGUUCUCGCCGUUGUGACAGCAUGCACUGCGAUAGGAGCAUGGCAAUGGAUCAAUGAUCCCGCCAUCUCGCGUGUAACAUUUUGGGAUUCACUGGUUUCCCAUCCGUUUUUCCUGGUGUCAUUUUUGAUCCUCGUGCUUCUGUUCCUGUUCGGUGUGCAUAGCCGAAUUCAAGCACAUAUCAUCAUCGCCGAAAGAACAAAGACGGUCUUGGAGGAUUUCAAUAUGUCCUGCGACAAUAACGGGAAACUUAUCCUUCGACCCACAACGGCGGCGACUUGACGAUUAAGAAAUCCGUUGUUUGUUUGAGUGUUCAGUUACUUAAAAACCCCGCUGUGGUUCAUUUUUUUCUUUCUUUCGAUUACCUCACUUUAGUCAUUGAUACGCGUCCGGGCGGAGUCGUCGAAAAAUCAUAUUGUGGCGGAUGUUUUUUUUUUUUCGUUUUGCGCAGAAGAUGAAGCGAAAUUUUGCGGUAUUGACUUUUUUCAUUUUUCAAGAUUGUUAAGAAGGGUGAACUCAGGUAUUCAUUUUUUUGGUGGUUGUAUUGUAACCCUUCGCGAAACGUUUUGGAUAGCUUUUUUUUUUAUUUGAUUCCUUUUAAAGUUUUGAUAAUUAUUUUUGUCCUGUGUUGAGCAUAGCCUUGAAAAGUACAUCUGACGUCUUCAUUGGGGAUAUGGUUUGGAACAGUCCGAAAAUUUCUCAUGCACAUGUUUUGGAAAAUCUGUGCGUGAUGAAUUAAAAAGAAGUUUAAGCGGUGAGUUCAGAGACACGUAACUUUUUUCGUAAGUUCAUUUUCGUGAGCCAUGUGAAUACUGUAUAUCUUUUUUUGGGAAAAGGAUUUGCUGAAUCCUUCGAUGAAGAUUUAUAUUUAACUAUUAUAAGAUGGUGCGUUAACUACAUUAAUUGGUAAAUUUAGAGUUUGUAAUGACGGUUUCAGCUUUCUUGUAGUUCAAAAAAAAAAAAAAACGGAAGUCUGCUGAGUAUGCAUGAAUGGUCUACUAACAACUUUUUAUUUGCGAGAAAGUUGAUUGAUAGAAUUUGGAUAAUUGAGAAAAUGUUCAUGCUUCAAAAUUGUUUCCUCUGAACUCACUGGUUAGUUCAACUGCAUGAUGUAUUUUCGGACGGGGAAAGGCGACGAUCUGCGUUUUCCAGUUCGGAGUAUACUCGUGGACAUUGGAGUAUCGUUUUUGUAACCUCGUGGGUCCUUUUCCAUACGCGUUUUCCAACAUUUUUUAGGACCAUGAAUUCAAAAGGAAGAAAAUGGAGAUUCACGAAAGUCGCCAAGUGCCUUGGGAAAGUUGUUGGACUUGUACGUCUCCUAAUGUUCAUGCGUGCGUGGGUAUGUGUUGUUUUUUGUAGCGAUCCUCUGAAUGACGACGUGCGAAAUUGCCGACGUCGACCAUUCUCUGGUUUUUUUCUUUCUUGUUGUAUGUCCCGAGCUAGUGAACAGCCUAUUAUUGGGGACCUUCGUUGAUUGUCGCAUGCGAGCAAACGUUACACGCCGUGAAAAGGAAAAGUCCCGAAGGGAUGUUCCUCGUGAUCCUUGCAUUGUGAAUGUGUCGCCUUGUGGGGAUUCAGAAGAUAUCUUCGAACCCCUUUCUUGGCGCGGCUGGUCGGAGAGUCGUUUCCUUUUGUAGGUAUUAUGAAGGAAGGAAGGGAAGAAGGUUUCGCGAAAUGUUUGGUGAUUUUUCCCCCGUUCUCGUUUUUUUUCCCUUUAUUAUUUGAGAGCUUCCAAGCUCGGUUUUCUUUUACUCUGCUUGUCAGUUGUACUUGAGGACUGUGUGACGGUGUUGAAGAUUGAGAGUGAUAAAAUAUCCCUCGAAGUUC